AUGAUCCUUGGACGCAGAAAUAUGAAAGAAAUGGAAUACAACCAUCGAUUUCUUUUUUCUUCAGAAGAGGUUCCUAUUUCCAAUUUUCAUUUUUAAUGUCUCUUCAAAAAACGGAGUGAGAAAAAAGACAGCGGCACGAGUACGUGUUGUAGAUA